AGAUUUUCAAAAAGACGAUGAAAACAAAAAUACUCGUCGAAUUUAUACGUGAAAAAAGAGUUAUUUUGUGCUUUGGAAUUCUAUAAUUUCUUCUAAUUUGUGCCUCCGUGGAUGGCCGGCCUUCAAGAGGGACAAAACCACGUAAAUAUGGCUACAGAAAGUGACGACGAAGUAGAGAAACUUAGCCUCGGAAUAAGGACAAAAUUUCAAGUGUGUUUGAACGGCGUACAUAAUUCAGAAUGUGGUAAAAACGAAGGAAAAGUCACGAAGCAUUUUAGGCCGGUGAAUAAUGAACCUAAGAAUUUGAGUGUGAAACCGUAUUAUGGUCCAGGAAGGCAUGCUAAGUGUGGUAAUGCCGUGAAUAAGUUGCACAAUUCUGAUGGCAAAAUGACACUGAUUGUGGAUGAUACUCGUUUUGUUGUCGAUAGAAAUAUAUUUGAUUCUCAGCCAAACACAAUGUUGGCAAGGAUGUUUUCACCAUCGACAGAUUAUGGUAAAAAGAAUGAGAAAGGAGAGUUUGUGGUGGCUCAAGGAGUCUCAUCAACAGUUUUUAAAUCAAUUUUGGAUUACUACAGCAUUGGUAUUGUUAACUGCCCACCAAGUGUGUCAGUUCAGGAACUUAGAGAGGCCUGUGAUUACUUGCUAAUUCCAUUUAAUGAAUCUGUUAUAAAGUGUCAUAAUUUAAGGGACUUGCUUAAUGAGUUGGCCAAUGAUGGAGCAAGAGAUCAAUUUAAGAGAUAUUUAGAAAUUGACAUUUUGCCUCUCAUGGUACAAGCAGCUAAGAUGGGUCGUCGUGAGUGUCAUAUUGUUAUUCUCACAAAAGAUGAUGUUGUUGAUUGGGACGAGGAGUACCCGCCCAGUACCGGAGAGGAAGAUACGCAAAUUAUUUACUCGUCGGAACUAAAUGGAUUCUUCAAGUAUUUUGAAAACAGAGAUGUUGCUAAGGAGGUUCUUAAAGAACGUGGUUUGAAGAAGAUAAGACUAGGAAAUGAAGGUUAUCCAACUACGAAGGAAAAAGUUCGCCAAAGGCAUAACAGCAGCAGGCCUGAAGUAAUCUACAACUAUGUACAGAGACCGUUUAUUCAUAUGUCUUGGGAAAAAGAGGGGAGCAAAAGCCGCCACGUUGAUUUUCAGUGUGUAAAAACCAAAGUCGGGACGAAUGUUAUUGGCGCGGUUGACGAACCGGCAGCCCUCGCGGCCGUAUCUGGUAGUGACAGCGUACCACCACCACCGCAAGUGCUGCUGGGGUCUGAACCUGAGGACUAAGUUGCCGCUGAGCUUUGCGAAGUUUCUGGAUGAAUGUUGGCAUAUAGAUAGAAUGUUAAACUUCGGCAUAUAGAUAGAAUGUUAAACUAUUCUGCAAUUCACCCAACGUAUUACAAGCUGUGUCAACAUUGAGAUGUUUAAGACUUGUUGAACUCUCAGUUCGUCGUUUAACGACAUGUUGGUAACAAUAACCCUGUUUAUGUUUUCGCUAUCGGAUUAGAGCAAUGAUAGCUGUCGAUUAAAUAUCGCUAUAGAAACUAUUAUAUAUGCUUUCGCAAACUACAAUGGACAAAACUAGCAAUGGAGGUAUAUUUCUGAAUUUCCCAUUAACAACCAGCUGAUCUGAAAUCAUAAGGCAUAAGGCGUCUCCACCAAAAUUGAGUUAUUUUGUGCCUGGUGUUAUUUGCCCCCGUUCUUCUGACUAAUAUUAUAGAAAAUUUACACUCUAAUUUACAGUUGGAGAAAUAUAAAGUGUUUCGGAUAAAAAUAAAGUAUAGAGUUACUUGAAAUUGAGUGUCGAAGUCAUUGAUUUUUAUACUCAGGUCAGCUGGAAUUUGUAGCCGUAUUAACAGAGGAAACUUUAGAGAUGUUGACAUUGAAUUUAGAUAUUAUAGCUAUAUUUAUUGUGUUGUUAUAGGGAAAUGCUCUCAUA